AGAAAGUUGUUGGGCACAGGGAUUGUACUGAAAGGACUGCUCGUUCAGAGUCUGAAAAGCUUUUCUUGGAAAAAUAUCAGAUGCUCCACUGGGAACUUAGUUGAAAGAUAUUCCUAAAGCAACACAGUGGACUGGCAGUAGCUGUGAAAGUACUGACUGAAGGGAAAACAGAAAAUAAUGAGACCAUGAUGUUUUGUGAAUGCUGGUAAUAACUCUUUCCAUUUAAAUCCUGUGUAAACCUUUCAGUGCUUAAUAUUAUUGUACAAGACCUUUUCUAGACAUCUUUUUAAGGCAAGCAUCACAGAGAGACUGCUGAUCCUGGAAUUCUUACCUCCCAAGAGGACUUGACUCCUAGUCUCUUUCUACUAACCCAAACAAUGCAGGAAGCAUUUUUUCAUUGGAUACUGGCCACAGGAAUGCAAGUUUUGGCUGAUUCCCCACUUUCUGCUAGGCUCUGUGAUGGUGUGAAGUUUCCUCUGUUGAAGAUGGCCCCGACGUGCGUGCGGCCCCUGCUGAGGUACCGGUCCUUCGCCAUCCUCUUCUUCACGCCGCUGCUGCUGCUGCCACUGCCGGUCACUGUGCCCACACGGGAGGCCAAAUGUGCAUAUAUCAUCAUCAUCAUGGCUGUGUACUGGUGCACUGAAGUUAUCCCACUGGCUGUUACUUCCCUCAUGCCAGUGGUAUUUUUCCCUCUGCUUGGAGUUCAGAGUUCUAAAUCAGUGUGCUUGCAGUAUCUAAAUGACACAAACAUGCUCUUUGUUGGAGGGCUGAUUGUUGCAAUUUCUGUUGAACAGUGGAAUCUUCACAAAAGGAUUGCAUUAAGGGUCCUGCUGAUUCUUGGGGUGAAGCCUGCACUCCUCAUGUUGGGAUUUAUGAUAGUCACUGCUUUCCUGUCCAUGUGGAUAAGUAACACAGCCACUACUGCUAUGAUGGUUCCUAUUGUCCAGGCUGUCCUGGAGCAAAUGGAUAACACAGAAUAUGAUGUGACCAUGAUGGAACAAGCAACCGGGCAAACAAAUACAGUGAUUGAGCUGCAGGAAAAGAAUGUAUCAGAUCCUACUUCAGUGCAGGUCAUAAGCAAUGGACAAGUCCCUGAUGACCCCAGAUCUUCUGAGGAAAAGAAAAUGAAGAAACGUAUAUGUAAGGGAAUGACGCUUUGUGUAUGCUAUGCUGCCAGCAUUGGAGGAACUGCAACACUCACUGGAACAGGACCAAACAUGGUAUUGAAAGGCCAGAUGAAUCAGUUAUAUCCCAACAAUAAUGAUAUUGUGAAUUUUGCUUCCUGGUUUGGGUUUGCAUUCCCAAACAUGAUUCUGAUGCUGGUACUAGCUUGGCUUUGGCUACAGUGCUCCUUCAUGGGACUCAACUUUAAAAAAAGCUGGGGCUGUGGGACAGAGAGAACUGCUAAAGAAAAAGCUGCAUACAAUGUGCUGAAGGCAGAAAUGAAGAAAUUAGGCCCUAUCUCUUAUGCUGAAUUCAAUGUCCUCAUAAUGUUUGUUUUGCUGGUUCUCUUGUGGUUUUCCAGACACCCAGGCUUUGUAAAAGGCUGGGCCAACAGGCUCUUCCCAGAUGGAGAAAAGUAUAUCACUGAUUCUGCUCCUGCUGUGUUCAUUGCCCUGCUAUUGUUCAUCCUUCCUGCUACCAAACCCAAAUUCGUAGGCUGGAAUUCAAGCAUGUCUGACCCUGAACAGACUGAAGAAGAUAUAAAAAAGCCAUUUUUACCAGCCCCGCUGCUGGAUUGGAAUGUGGUUCAGAGGAAGAUGCCCUGGAGCAUUGUGCUGCUGCUAGGAGGAGGUUUUGCUUUGGCAGAUGCAAGCGCAAACUCUGGGCUCUCAGCUUGGCUGGGUCACCAAAUGACUCCAUUAGGAUCUAUUCCACCCUGGGCCAUUGCAACAGUACUUUCGCUUAUUAUAGCUGUCUUCACCGAAUGCACCAGUAAUGUUGCCACAGCCACCCUCUUCCUACCUGUCUUUUCAUCCAUGGCUGCAUCUGUCAAGAUCCAUCCUUUGUAUGUUAUGCUGCCUGGUACUCUCAGUGCUUCCUUUGCCUUCAUGCUACCUGUUGCAACACCUCCAAAUGCAAUAGUGUUUUCCUAUGGCCACAUCCGUGUUUUGGAUAUGGUUAGAUCUGGAAUAGUGAUGAACAUCAUUGGAGUCUUCUGUGUCACACUGGCCAUCAACACAUGGGGAAGACCUAUGUUUGAGCUGGACACAUUUCCAGCCUGGGCAAACAGCACAACUAACCAGUGAGCAAUGAAGAAUUCAUGUUUUAUACAAGGAAUGGACCCUUAAUCCUACUCUGUAUUGCCUGAAACCCUAUAUAAAGUCUUGUCACCACUUCAGAUCCAGUGUUAGGUGUCUGCUACCUCCUGGGAGUCAUACAACAGGUCAGGCAUGAACCAACUCAUUCCAAUCAUGCUGGCACCAAAUGUGCUGUUUAAUUUCACGACCCUAAGGAUCACGUGUCUGGAUCACAAGUAUAAUCAAGUGAUCCAUUGUACCUCCAAUCUCCAUCAAGAUUUAGAAUUCAUCUAACUUCAAAUAAAGAGAGGGCAAGCUGUUAUAUCAGAUGGUUUGAACUAUUUUAUCAUUGGUAUGUACUUUUAAAUCAUUGUAAUUGAAUACUGCACCCAGACAAGGGCUGACAAUUCAUUAGCAGCUAUAUAUAUCCAAAAGUCAGCAUCUGUACAGAGAAAUACCUGUUGUCACUUAUCUAGUGUAAGGUUUGUUAUAUUUUAGUCUGGCCUCAGCCAUGGGGUGAAAUCUUUCCAAGUCAACAUCCAACCAUGUUUUCCAUCACCUUCUUUUCAUUCCCACAUCUCACUGCAUUUAGACACUCUUUUAGAGGGUUGAAAUAACAUAAUUCUAUGCUGGUCAUGAUUCCAAUGAUAUCUUGGGCAAUGACAAAUUAAGGUUGCCCUUGUGUUUCUUGCACUGUGGCACUGGCAGGGCCAGGAGACCUUCCAUCUCUUGGCCCCAGGUAGAUGUGGUUUCACAUGCCAAACAGUACUUUGUUAGUGACAGCUUGGAAAUGACUGGUGAGUCAUAGGACUUCACACCUAUGGUGAAAGGUUCUGGAGUAGUCCCUGAUGCAUGUUAUUAAUUAACACUAGAAUUUUGAAGUGGAGACAAGGCAUGAGAAAGGCUCUGACUGAAGGCCUUGUAAAUAAUAUAGUAUAGCCCAGAUAGGGGCUUAUGUUGGCUGAUAGCAAUGGAAGUUGUCUUGUGUAUUUGGAAUUCAGGUCCCAUGAGAAAAGUGUUUUGUAGCAUCUGUUCAUAUCAUUUCUGAAGCAGAAAAGGUCUAUGGAAAUAUUUUUGUUGGAUUAGGUGUAUUGUUGGAUCAGUGGUACACGGAUGCUGGUUAUUCAUCCCUGGAGAUGAAGUUGGGAGGGAAGGCAGUGUGUUGCAGUGAAGAGACCUAUGACCAUGACCUGAGUUCUGCUUCCAGAUUUGCUGUGCAGCCUCAGACAAGUCAAUUCACCUCUUUUUGUCUCAUUUUCCCAUUCUGAAAAAGUUGUUAUGGUACCUAUCUACCUCACAAGGGUGUUGUGAGGACAUAAGGGUCAAGUUCUGCAUCCUCAGUGAUUCCCUAUGUGAAGGAAAAGGGUGCACGAUCUGGCCUCUAGCACAGUAACAUGUGUAGGAUAUUUAAUAGUUUUGUCAUUAACUUGAAUGUUCUUUACAGAACUGGAAGAAUAUUCAUAUUUUGCCUUUAAAAGUGAGUAAUGUACAUAUCCACAAAAUCACCAGGUGCUUUUUUCUGAGCAAAAAACUACUUCAGUAAUGAUUGGAUUUCUGUGCCUUUAUCUUCAGUGCCUUCAAGCACCCUGUCUAGCCAGCUGGCUGCAUGUGGUGCAGCCUCAUACCUCUUCCAUGGAAUGGUGGAGCAUGUGGAUAAACACCAUUCCACUUACAGAGUAUGUCUAAGGAAGAGACCAGUUCUAGUGCCAAGAAGUGACUUGGUUACAGACAUGUGUCACCACCUGAAGGUUAUCACAGUAUUUGUUUAAAGGAAUAUAAACCAGAAACCAUUAAGCACCUUCUGCACUUUGGAAAUCACCACUUAAUGCCAACUUGCAUCUGUAUAUAUCUGAAUGUUCUUGAGAAAGGGACUUUUUCUACCUUCUGAUGGACUUCACAAUAGGAGGAAAUUUCACCAUUGCCAGGUACUUCACAGUGCUUGUUCUUCAGUACUGCAGGUAAGAUACAGUGGUGCUUGCAUGAUUGGCUAACACUGAGCUUGCCUGUCUCAAUUCAUGCAGAUCCAAAUUCCCUUAAAAAUGGUUUCAGCUAUAAGCUGUAGGACAGGCAGUUCCCUCUCCCGUUUCCUCUGUUGCGGUGCAAGUAGAAAACAAACGAUAUUUUCUUGAAUGGUCACACUGGGUGAUUUAUUAACAGAAGUGCCACAUCGGGGGAGCAUAUAUGGGAAAAUAAAGAACUCUGGUUUUAUUAUAAAUAUGGUGCAUUUGAUGUGUCACCCCUCUGUCCUGUUAAUUGCAAGUAUUUCCUUCUGAGACACCUUAAUGACAUCCUGUAAGUGAUAUAUAUUUAAUUAAAAAGGGAAAGUUGCAAAAUUAGAGCCUGGCAAAUAAAAACAAAAUAAAAUAUAAGACAAAAUCAAAAA